AUGUUCCCUGACAAAAAGCAAUUGAGUAGAAAGGAGUCCCAGAUUGCACCUAAAGUUGUUGAUUUCGGAACAUUGUCGGAUCAGCACGAACAAGAUCAUGUUAUAGAGAAAACGGUUAACGUGUCAACACCAAGAUCUGGAGCACUAUCUGCUUUUUGGCCAUUAAGAUGGUUUUCACGCACCCAUCAGCAACAGACUCCACUUGAGAAUGGGCACGCGUCAUGUCAUUCUAAAUUGGAUGAAUCUAAUAAAGUCAGAUCUCCGACAGAUAAAGUGAUUGCCAUGAAGAAAUUCAAGACGGAAAACAGCUCAGAAGAGUUCAUAGAUGUGGAAUAUAAGCAGCUAUCGUAUGCAGAGGCUGCUUCUUUGAGAGUUGCACAAGAAAGUGAACCAAAAUCUGCCCUUAAAAAGCAUAAUAACAGUAUCGUUGUGGAUCAAGAUGACGAUUUAGAGAAGUCUAUCACGGAUGUUGAGCUUGCCGAAGCAGCGAAGAAGAAUACACGGUAUGUACGGGCUUGA